CAGCGAAUCGAGGGAGGAAGUUGCCUAGCAUGGAUGGCUGCUAGAGCAUGCAGACCAAUCUUCCUUCGGGCGUGCAGGCCCUCCGCUUGCAGCAGUUUGGAUGGAAGCCAGCCUGGGCCAAACCCGAGAGGACAGUCCAACUCGAAGUGGAGGACGAGGAGGCCUGGCCAGAAGCUAUCCUUUGUCGCCUGGCGAGGCAGUUGGUUUCGUCUUGCCAGAUACCAUUCGCCCGCAUCCUGGAGCAAAUCAGCAAGGCAAAUGCCAAGCGGAGCGGCUGUGCGCCGAAAGUGCUUCCCGAUGUCAGCGCUUGGGACACAGACAGCAUGGAGUCAGACGAGCCGGCGCUGCUAAGCAAGCAGCAUGAUGGCGGCAUGGCUGCACCAAAAGCGAAGCCCCACAUUGCGCCUCCUCGCCCCGUUGGGGAGUGGCCUUGGUCAAUAUGGUCGCAGGUCUGCCGGCCUUUCACCCCGGACACUGUGGUCGGGACGCUGAAGCCUCGCCAGCUCAACCAUUGGGAGGAGGCUCGCAUUUUCUCUCCGAACAGAACGUGGCCGGCAGGCCCCAAGAGGGGCGCCCAGCCCGAGUUCUACGACGCCCGCCAGGGCCUGCCAUGGCAGCCGGUCAGCUGGAAACACUCCGGCGAGAGUUUCGGUGGGCCACCACCUCUGAAGCGGAGACCCUGCUCUGCCGGCAUUCGAGGCUCCAAAACGGCGCCCUCGAGCAGAGUUCGGCCAACCUCCGCCAAAGCCCCAUGCCGCAAGUCUGAUGCUAGCCCGGCGCGUCAUUCCUGAGGGAGGGCAUGGCACAUCACCGCCCUGCAAGAGUUUUGUGUCAAUGAAGUCAUAUGGCUGUGGGUCAAAACCGAUGGUAC